AUGUAUUUUCGAAUCGGCAUUAUUUUCUAUCUGUGGCACCUUUACAGAGUGUGCGCUGAUUCCGCGCUUGUGUAUAAGUCGACCAAUAUUGAAUGCUUCCCGGAUCCCGCAUUCGCCGUAAAUGCAACCUGCUACCUCAAGGCAAUCAAUUGGAACAAGGCCGUGGCCUACAUGGACUGUGAUCUGAUACUACCUCUGGCAAACACAUCGGUGCACAUAGAGUUGUUUAAGCGCGACUACAGCAAUCGAUAUCAUCCGUUUCUGGUUAAUGCAGUUGUCAAUUUAUGUGACAUUAUAUCCAAGAGGAAUUUUUUUACCUAUGGCAUGAUGUUUUGGAAAGUGAUCAAGAAAUACACAAAUGUAAAUCACAGCUGCCCCAUUAAGGGUCAUCUGCUGGCUAGAAAUUUGUACAUUGAUGAGAAGUUAAUGCCAAAUUUCCCACUGGGCUUUUAUCUAUUUUCUCUAAAAUUCUAUGAGAACUACGCAGAUGGACCUGCUCGAUUCGUUGGCACUGUAAAGUUUUAUGUGAAUGUUAAGGAAAUGGUUAAAAUUAAGCAACAGUAGAA